GCAGGGGUGGGGGGAAGGGUGGCGGCGGCAACACUUCCACUCAUCUCUUGUCGCCUCCCUGGCCCGCGCUGGCCCGUGACUUCUUCACCACCCCCCCGGGAGCCCACGGCAGCCUCACCUCCCGGCUGUCGGUGGAGGCUGUCCCCUCCGAGGCUGCCCUGGGCAGUGUGUCUCUGGCCAGUUCCCCCCCUCCCGAAAUGCUCCUGUCUUCCUUCUUGCCUCAGACGGAGGAGCGGUUCCAAGAGAAACUGAUCAAUGGUGAUAGAGGUCAGAAGAAGAGAGAGAGAGAGCGCACAGGGGAGGGGCAGAGGAGAGAGAAGCUCGAGCAGACUCCGUGCGGGGCCCGAUCUCACAACCCCGAGAUCAUGAUGUGAGCUGAAAUCAAGAGUCAGACGCCUAACCGACUGAGCCACCCAGGUGCCCCCUAAUUUCUUACCCUUUAGGAAACCUGUCCUACGUGAAAGAGAACUUGGAGAUCUCUAGGAAGACAGCUGCCCAGCGCACACAGACUCAGGAGCACGCAUUCACUGGGAGCAGAAGCUCCUGACAGUUCAGAAUCUUGCUCAGCCCUGUCUCCAAUCCUGGGGGUGCAGUUCUGCACCCCGACAGUAGAUUCAAAGCAACAAGGUCACAGAGUGAUGGUGAAGACGAAGAUAUAGGUAUUUCAAUUCUCUCGUUCUAUGUGAGUCCUUGGAGUUUGGGCUUGUGCUUAAAAUUGAAAACAGUCAGUGUGACCAUGAAGGGGGCGGCUGUUUUUAUUUGGUCCUGCCUCCCAGGCUCAAAGCUGGCUCCGUGGAGGACACAGGGACAUGAGAGACGUGCCACAGACCCACCUUCUGGCCUUCUCCCUCCUCUGCCUCCUCUCAAAGGUGUGUGCCCAGCUGUGCCCGACGCCGUGUGCCUGCCCCUGGCCACCACCCCGAUGCCCACUGGGGGUGCCCCUGGUGUUGGACGGCUGCAGCUGCUGUCAGGUGUGCGCACGGCAGCUGGGGGAGCCCUGCGACCAUCUCCACGUCUGCGACCCCAGCCAGGGCCUGGUCUGCCAGCCCAGGGCGGGCCCUGGUGGCCGAGGGGCCGUGUGCCUCUGGGGAGAGGAUGAUGGGAGCUGCAAGGUGAACGGCCGCCUGUACCGGGAUGGGGAGACCUUCCAGCCCCACUGCAGGAUUCUCUGCCACUGUCAGGACGGCGGCUUCACCUGUGUGCCCCUGUGCACUGAGGACGUUCGGCUGCCCAGCUGGGACUGCCCGCACCCCAGGAGGGUUGAGGUCCCUGGCAAGUGCUGCCCUGAGUGGCUGUGCGACCAGCGAGGGGAGCUGGGGGUCCAGCCCCUCCCAGCCCAAGGACCCCGGUUUUCUGGCCUUGUCGCUCCCCCACCCCCUGGUGCCCCUUGCCCAGAGUGGAGCACGGCCUGGGGCCCCUGCUCAACCACCUGUGGGCUGGGCGUGGCCACUCGGGUGUCCAACCAGAACCGCCUCUGCCGACUGGAGACCCAGCGCCGCCUGUGCCUGCCUGGGCCCUGUCCACCUGCCAGGGGCCGCGGCCCAUGGAACAGUGCCUUUUAGAGCAGGCCUGGGAAUCUGGAGGUUCCGUGCCCGCCCUCCCCAGCAGGCAAGCCAGUGCUUGGGCCCUGAGCAGAAGGCAGAUGGCCCCUCCCCGCCCCCUUGGCUGGGGCAACGACAUCCAGGCCCCGGAGGACAAGAAUGUUCACAAGUCAUCUGGUCCACCUGGACCCUGAGAUAGAGCCGGGAUGUCUGCCCCAGUCCCCCUUCCUCUACCUCACAGCCUAGGCUGGCCAAGGUUUCCAGAGUCUUCUGGUCCAUUCCCAGCCUCCACACAGCCUUUAUCAAACAUGUGCAUAGGCAAGCUUUCCAGCAGAUAGGGCAACCAGCUGUCCCUUAAUCAUUAGGUCGAGGCAGGUGCUGGGCUGGACUGGCUAUUUUUCCAGGGGUGUGGUGAAAAGGGGCACGCAGAUAUUCUGAAUUUCCUGCUUCCUUUCCUGGAGUGACAUAAAAACGUCCCCAAAUACAUGCCUGUGCAAGAGCUUGUAGGUCCGGCUUAUGCUGUCUGAGAAAGCCUGCCCCAUCCAGGGCAGAAUUCAGAGGCUGUGUGCUUUGUGAAAAUCACAAGGUGAAAUCACACUGUCUUGAAGAAAGUCAGAAAGCAGGCCUGAGAGUGAUCCCUUAAACCUAACUUGUAUUAUUAAGAAUGAACCUUUCUCAGGCACCUGCAAUGUGCCAGGCGCUGAGCUAGACUCUUUAUAUAUAGGUUGGUGCUUUGCAACAUUUAAGACCAGAGAAAAGUAGGGGAGAAUGAAGGAUAGCCCCUGGGGACUGGGGAACAUGGCCUGAAAUAAAUCAACCCAAGCGUGAAA